UUCUUCGCAGCCAUGUUGUUUGGAGGGUGAGGCAGAACGGCUGGAUUUUUCGAGAUGAGGCACUGGUGAACCUGUGGACAGCAUGACUGUUCAUCUGUCAUUCAAUUUGCCUCAUCGUUUACAUCCUCAUCCAUGCCUUCACCAAAUGUCGUCUUCACGAACAACUCCGACGGCAAAGGAGCUCGCCAUGGAGACCUCACUGCCACACGACCUUACGAACAUCGCCCUACCUACAACUCCUCAGCAAUCUUUGGACCGAGCUGAAGCAAUGCUCCAACAAGCAGAGGGCUUGAGAAAAGAGGCUAGAGCUCUUCAAUCGCAAAUCCAAGGGUUGAAUAAGCGCGCGGACACGUUGACAAAGUCAGCCUUGACCUUCCAAGCUGUUGCUGCUAGGGAUCGUCAAAGCGUCCAAUACACACUCGAAGGAGGCCUAGUGGUGUUCAACGAGCUGGUUGCGACCUACAAAUCUCUCCCACACAAUGCGACCAGGUUGCAGACGUUACAAGGACGUGUCGAAGAUGGCAUGGCCACGCUUCAAGAUCUGCAGGACAUGUUCCAAGACAUACAAAGAUUCUGCAAAGACACCCGCGUACUUCGGUCGCCAGCUCCAGAGCCUGAGAGCCCUCCAGAGACAGCACCUGUACCUGGAUCCGAGAAAAGUAAUUCACAUGGGAAGACCCACAAGCGCUCAUUCGCUACGAUGGAGGAAGACUAUACCGAACCAUCUCCAGCAAGCAGGGAGGUUACCACCGCUAGCAUCGAAGUGACAGCGAGCAACCUGAUCACUGCAGCGAGUAGAGAGAUGGCGGAUGCGAGUGAGAAAAUGAUGACAGAGAACAAGCAGUUAUCACCGGCCAGGGAGAAGACCACCACCGCUGCGAAGGAGAGCUCGAAGAAGAAGAAAAAGAAGAAGGGAUCUGUGCCCCGUAUGGAAGCUGAAGAGAGCAGCCAACUAGAGCAGCGCGGAACGCGUGGAAGAAACAAACCCCAAUCCGAAAGAAACAACAAGCCCGAAUAUAACGAGAAGAAACUCAGAAAACGAAAGUAUCGGACAGAAAAGUCAGACAGACCGAUCAAGCAGGAAGCAGAUAACUGAACUCAGCACAGCUCGAACUUGCGAUUACAUCCGCAGGCGAGAUAGAUCUUGAGAGUCAUGUAAGCCUGACAAAAUUGCGACAGACUUGGGAAGCGUUACUCAUGCCCGCAUACUCCUCUUCAUCAGCGUCUGGCACGGGUUUUCUGGUUGAGCUUCAGCUUGGAUCCAUCGUUGCUGGAAGACAUCACUCGAGACAUCUUAUUCCAAGAUCGGCUUUGGACGCUAUCAGACUGGACUCACUCCAAACUGAGUUCGUCAUUAUACGUUCAGCAGUCAUCCACUCAAGCAUG